GCUUCCUCGUUUACUUCACUUGGGGGUGGUUACGGUAAGGAUAGUUCAAGUGCUUAUUUUAAGGGUAAAAAAAUUGACGGUGCAAGUAGUUAUUCGUUCACUGCACUUGGAGGUGGUUACGGCAAGGAUAGUUCAAAUGCUUAUUUUGAGGGUACAAAAAUUGAUGGUGCAAGUGGUUACUCGUUCACUUCACUUGGGGGCGGUUACGGCCAAGAUAGUUCAAGUGCUUAUUUUAUGGGUAACAAGAUUAGCGGUGCAAGUGGUUACUCGUUCACUUCACUUGGAGGUGGUUACGGCAAAGACACUUCAAGCAUUUAUUUUAUGGAUAAAAAAGUUGAUGGUGCAACUGGUUAUUCGUUCACUUCAUUUGGGGAUGGUUAUGCCAAAGACAGUUCCAGUGCUUAUUUUGAAGGUAAAAAAAUUGAUGGUGCAACUGGUUAUUCGUUCAUUUCACUUGGGGGUGGUUAUGGCAAAGACAGUUCCAGUGCUUAUUUUGAGGGUAAAAAAAUGAAUGGUGCAACUGGUUACUCGUUCAAAUUGCUGGACAGUGGUUAUAUCAACAAAACAUUCUGCCAAUAA